UAUUGUAAGGAUAUUAAGGAUAAGGAUAUACUUUGCGGCAAUUACAAUCCCAUACACAAAGAAAGAAAGAAAUAGUAGAUUCCAGCCAAAUUAUUCACCCAUGGCAACCAGUACUCCAGUUAGCAUCCCCUCUAAAAUGAAGGCAUGGGUCUAUGGCCAGUAUGGGAAACCCGAGGAUGUCCUUAGAUUGGAAUCCGAGGUUGAUGUUCCUGAAGUAAAUGAUGAACAGGUUUUGAUCAAAGUAGCUGCUGCAUCCCUGAAUCCAGUCGACAUCAAAAUGAUGGCUGGUUUAUUUAAGGCCACUGAUUCUCCUGUGCCCACUGUUGCGGGAUAUGAUGUCGCGGGCGUGGUGGUUAAAGUUGGAAGCAAAGUAAAGGAAUUCAAUGUCGGGGAUGAAGUAUAUGGAGACAUUCACGAGCAUGCUUUGAAUAACCCAAAGGGAUCUGGGUCACUGUCAGAGUACGCUGCAGUGGAGGAGAAGGUAGUAGCUUUGAAGCCCAAGAAUUUGAGUUUUGCUGAGGCAGCUAGUCUUCCUCUUGCCGUUGAAACAGCGUACGGGGGCCUUGAACGCGCAGGGUUUUCAGCUGGUCAAUCCAUUCUCGUUCUGGGCGGUGCUGGUGGAGUCGGAUCUUUGGUCGUUCAGCACGAAGUUGAAGGAGUCUCUGUUUUGACCAAUGAAGAUGAGACGUCCUCAUGGCGGGGCGCAUUUGUAAAGCAGCGGGGCGCACUUGUAUUAGUUGAAUGGCCGUGGGGCAACGGUGGGGUGUAAGUAAGGAGUUCGCUUGUGCUGCGACCAGGCAAACGCUCAGCAUAUUUUUUAGGAUUAUUAUCACUUUACACUCUUAAACUAUAUUACUAUUAUCAGUUUACCCCUUAACGUUAUCUUUUAGU